AUGCCGUCCGUAUCGAGUAAAGCGAUAAGUGUUUUAAUUAUUUUAAGCGUAAUGGGGAAAGCGAUAGAGUCCUUCCCGAACGGUGCUCCUUCCGAUACGUGUGUUAAAAAGCGACCAAAUCAACCGAAUCACGGUCAAGCAAGACCGCAGCCACUGCAUACGAAUCCCUUUGAAGUAGUGGCCAGUUCGGAGUCCUAUCAUCCAGGACAGGAGAUAUCAGUGGUUAUAUAUCCGCACACCAAGCAGGAACUGUUUCGUGGUUUCUUUAUACAAGCACGUGAUGCCGACACUAAUGAAUGGAUCGGCGAAUGGGUGAAAAGCGAAAACACCAACACCAUACCUGAAUGUGCUGCCAUCACUCACGGCGAUAACAAAGAUAAACUGGCCGCCAAACUAAUAUGGAAGGCACCGCAAAAUAAGCGCGGACGAGUAUAUUUCACUGGUACUGUUUUACAGAGUUAUGGCACUUUUUGGAGCGACAUCAUCGGCAAAGUUCAACAACAUUCCUAG